AUGGUGACUGAUGAAGAAAAUGUGCAUCUAAAGUCAAGCUUACCCAUUCUCAAGAAGCUCAGUCUCGAUGAACUAUUAAAUGUGCAGCAUGACGUGACUACGCUAAUAGCGAAACGUGUCCAAGCACUUCAAAAUGGAAGUAAAUGUGUUUUCGAAGGACCUAGCAGUAUAUUGGUUGAAAGUGUAUGUCACCAAAAAAAUGUUCUUCAACAAUCUUCGCAGUCGUCAGUAGGAGCAGGUGAGCAAGAUUCUGAAGAUUUCAUCCUUACUCAGUUUGAUGAGGACAUAAAGAAAGAAUCACCAAAAUUUCAUCAUCGUAAUGAAAAUAAAACCGCUGUGCAAUUACCGCUGGUUACUAUGUCACCCAGUAAGAACAAACGGAAAAUUUCAGAGUUUAGUUCACCUUUAAACGGCCCUGGUAACUUAAGUGAUUUAGAAGAUUGCUCUGAUACCGUAAUCCAUGAGAUAGAUCAUAAUAAAGAGAACAAAACAAGAAAAAUAUUAGGAAUAGAGCUACAGAAACCUGAAUUUACUUUGCCAAAUUUUUACAAACAAGAUAAGGACAGUUUACUGUUUGACUUCAAUACGAACCCUUUAACAAAGCGAGCCUGGAUCCUUGAAGACUUUAGGCCAAAUGAAGAUAUCGCCCCGGUUAAGAGAGGAAGGAGAAAGUUGGAGCGAUUUUAUGCCCAAGUUGGUAAGCCGGAGGAUUCUAAGCACAGAUCACUGUCGGUAGUGAUGGAAUCGCAAAAUUCCGAUUACGAAUUUGCGUUCGAUAACUUGAGGAAUAGAUCGAAAUCCCCACCAGGGUUUGGCAGACUAGACUUUCCCUCCACCCAGGAAGGGAAUGAGGACAAAAAAAAAUCUCAGGAAAUCAUCAGAAAAAAGACGAAAUAUAGGUUUUUAAUGGCAAGCAACAACAAGAUCCCACCGUACGAGAGAGAAUAUGUAUUCAAAAGGGAACAAUUGAAUCGAAUUGUCGACGAUGGAUGUUUCUUCUGGAGUGAUAAACUACUGCAGAUAUAUGCUAGAUGUUAA